AUGCUCCGCGCCCCUGAUUCCACAAAGUGCACAUGGUACCACGUCACCGGCGGCCCAAGCAAGGGCACUGAGUACGAGCUUUUAAUCCAGAACAACAAACGGUUCAAGACCUUUGGCGUGUCGGACCACUGCUACGUUGGCGAAAUCAGCGAGCAGGAUCAAAACAAGGUAAAAGCUGCCGCGAAGAAGGUCCCCGCGCAGAGGUGCCAGGAGUGGACAGUUGAGGUUCUGAGAAACCUGGAAAAGAAGGGCCUCGUGCCGGUCGGUACCAGGGAUUACUGGUUUGAUCGGAUAGAAGCCAGUCCGUAUUCCACGGACGGCGUACACGGGUUGGCAGGAUCGUCGGGUCCUCAGUGGCUUUGGGACGAGGGACAGCAGGAUUAUAGAUACUGGGAUGAGGGCUCUGGGGGCUGGGUUUGGGCGUCUGAAUCCAACUAA